GCGCGUCUUCUCCAGGCUCCUCGCCCAGAAUGCCCCAGCAGCUGAAUCCAGGGGGGCGCCAUGCCGGGUGCUCACCGAUCGCGGGCCGUUUGCCUCGCGUCUCAAGAGCCGCGCCGUGCCGACACGUUCAACUGUGGGAUUCUCUGCCUGGGCGCUCCAAAGCCAACAUUGAAGACCUUUCGAAGGAUCUCAACGGGAUCUCAACGCUUUGCGGUGCUCUGGCAGAUCCUUUCACUUCUGAGACUGGCGCUGGCAACAUCGGCUGGGCUGGAGGCCGGGACUUGAGUGGGACAACCGCUGCGGAAGGAAGUGGAAAAGGCUGGCGAUGGUUUAAAGAUCUCUGGCUCGUCGCGCUUGGAUUCCGUUCUGGCAUAACAUCGCCUUUGAUCGAAGCUGGUCAAGAAGUUGACAAGGAGUAUUACCUUCUCUGGCGACUGAGUUGUAAACUAGGAGAAGCCAUUCCACUCGAGUACAACAUGGCCGCUCUCAACCCCAUCAGCUUUGAGAAAGGCUGCAACGUCGGACAGGAACUAAUACCAGGGACGCAUUUCCGCGCAUCUUUCAUCCUCGAUAGCAACUCACGAAACUUCGAAGGUCUCUCAUGGUUUGCUUGUUUAAUCGCAGAAAUGCGCGAGGGAGUGGCUCGUGGCACAGAGAUUGUGGAUGGAGAAACCGGGAAGAAAGUGGGGUCAGUGAUCACAGCUCUUGGCUCGCGAGGAUUGGCGAUGGUGAGACUGGAGGCGGCAGCUAAAGACAGACUGAAGCUCCAGAGCGUGGACGGUGGCUGCGGCGCUUCCGUGAAGCCCAUUCGCCCCAAAUGGUGGCCCAGUCAAUGGGGCACUGUUGAGUGAUCAUACGGUCGGGUGACGUGUCAAAUUCCUAGGAAUAUCCCCAUCAUUUAGGGUUUAUAACAUGGAGAGCUUAAAUUU